AUGUUAAGCCCCAGCACCACAACUGGGGCCCCUGAGUACCCUGCGAUGUCAAAGCGCAUCCAAAAUGCUGCUGACGCUUCUGUCAUUGUCAUCUAUUUUGUGCUGGUGAUGGCAGUUGGGCUGUGGGCCAUGCUGAGGACCAACCGGAGCACUGUUGGAGGCUUCUUCCUGGCUGGUCGAGAUGUGGCCUGGUUGCCGAUGGGUGCCUCCCUUUUUGCAAGUGACGUCGGCAGCAGCCACUUUGUGGGGCUGCCUGGGACUGGGGCGGCUUCAGGCAUUGCCAUUGCAGCAUUUGAAUGGAACGUAAGUCACAGGCUUUUUUUUUUCCCCCAUUCAAGCCCACAUACAUUUUUUUUUUUUUUUUUUUUUCCCCUGGGUGUGAUGACCAUGCCGGAAUAUCUGAGAAAGCGCUUUGGUGGGAAACGACUUCAGAUCUACUUCUCCAUCCUGUCCCUCUUCAUCUGUGUGGUUUUGAGAAUCUCAUCAGACGUAUUUUCUGGAGCCAUAUUCAUCAAGGUGGCCUUGGGAUUAGACCUUUACCUGGCGAUCAUCAUCCUCUUGGCUAUCACUGCUGUUUACACGAUCACUGGGGGUUUGGCCUCAGUGAUUUACACGGACACCCUCCAGACCAUCAUUAUGCUGAUUGGUUCCUUUAUUCUCAUGGGAUUUGCAUUUUCUGAAGUUGGCGGCUACGAGAGUUUCACAGAGAAGUAUAUGAACGCCAUCCCGUCCAUAGUCGAGGGUGACAACCUGACAAUCAGCUCCAGGUGCUACACUCCUCAGGCCGACUCUUUCCACAUUUUCCAAGAUGCUGUCACUGGGGAUAUUCCAUGGCCAGGCACGAUUUUUGGAAUGACCAUUGUGGCUAUGUGGUACUGGUGCACAGAUCAGGUCGUCGUGCAGCGCUGCCUCUCAGGCAAGGACAUGUCUCAUGUGAAGGCUGCCUGUAUCAUGUGUGGGUACCUGAAGCUGCUGCCCAUGUUCCUCAUGGUGAUGCCGGGAAUGAUCAGCCGUAUCCUGUACACAGACAGGGUGGCGUGUGUUGUACCUUCCGAGUGUAUGAAAUACUGUGGCACUGAAGUCGGCUGCACAAACUAUGCCUACGCCACACUGGUGCUGGAACUCAUGCCUGAUGGACUGCGAGGCCUGAUGCUAUCAGUCAUGUUGGCCUCUCUCAUGAGCUCCUUGACCUCCAUCUUCAACAGUGCCAGCACCCUCUUCACCAUGGACCUCUACACCAAGAUGAGGAAGCAGGCAUCGGAGAAAGAGCUCCUUAUAGCUGGACGGUUAUUUAUCGUUCUAUUAAUUGUCAUCAGCAUCUUGUGGGUCCCCUUUGUACAGAUAUCUCAAAAUGGGCAACUGUUCCAUUAUAUAGAAUCCAUUGCUAGUUACCUCGGGCCUCCAGUUGCAGCUGUCUUCCUACUUGCCAUCUUCUGUAAAAGAGUCAACGAACAGGGAGCUUUCUGGGGCCUAAUCACUGGACUCGUGAUUGGCCUCAUUCGGAUGAUUGCAGAGUUUACCUAUGGAACGGGGAGUUGCUUGGCUGCCAGUGACUGUCCCACGAUCAUCUGUGGAGUGCACUAUCUUUACUUUGCCAUCAUCCUCUUUUUUGUGUCCAUCCUGGUUGUCCUGGGAAUCUCCCUGGUGACAAAACCCAUUCCUGAUGUACAUCUCUACCGCCUGUGCUGGGCCCUUCGAAACAGUACGGAGGAACGAAUUGAUUUAGACGCAGAAGAGGAAAGACAGGAGGAAGCUGUUGUUGCCGAUGCUGCGGCUGAAGAAGGUAAUCCUGAAGAGCCCCGUGGGUGUUUUGAGAAGGCUUAUGACAUCUUCUGCGGGUUGCAGAAGAAAGGGCCCAAGCUGACCAGAGAGGAGGAGGAGGCCCUGAGGAGGAAGCUGACAGACACCUCUGAGAAGCCCUUAUGGAGGACUAUUGUGAACAUCAAUGCCAUCCUUCUCCUGGCCGUGGCGGUCUUUGUCCAUGGCUACUUUGCCUGA